UUGUUUUAUUUCAAAUCAUUUUUAGGGAUAAUGGCACCGCCAAAGACAGUCAAAAAGGGUAAAGUCUCUAAGGCACUCGAUGCCAAAAAGAAGGUGGCGAAAGGGCAGCACACUGUCCACAAGAAGAAGAUCCGCACCUCCGUACACUUCCGACGACCAAAAACGUUGAAGACACCUAGAAUUCCCAGGUAUCCUCGCAAGUCUGCACCAGCUCGAUGCAAGUUCGACGCGUUCGCCGUCAUCAAACACCCACUCACUACCGAGUCUGCCAUGAAAAAGAUUGAGGAUCACAAUACCCUUGUCUUUAUCGUUGACGUACGGGCGAAUAAGCAUCAAAUUCGUGCUGCUGUCAAGAAGCUGUACAAUAUUGAAGUGCAGAAGGUAUGCAUACGAAAAUUUGCGCUCUACGGCGAGCUCUUCAAGUGGUUUCAGAUGGAUGUCCUGUUUGAUUAUGUUUUGGAAAAGUAUUCAUGGCUCAUUGAUUCAUAUAUGAUUAAUUAUUUUGUUGACGAUAUGUGGAAUAAGCUACCAUACUCUUGGCGACUAGUUUUGGAAAAUAUUGAGCCGGAUGAUUGUGUGUGCCUUGUGGACGCAACAGUACAUUCUCAUGACAGAGUGCUUCCUCUUGUGUUGAUAUGUCUCAAAGCUCUUGUAAAAGCUCUUCCUUCUAGAGAAGCUGUAAGAUCUCCUGACGACAUAGCUAACGCCUGUGGCAUCCAGAAUGUCCUGCAUAAAAGUUUCGCGACGAUCACAUCACGAGAGAAUUUAAGGAUAAAACUGAAACCGAAGAAGCAACAUGAGAUUGAUCGUAUUGUAACAACAGUUGAUUUGCUGAGAACAUCUAAUCCAGGUACUGCAUGCUUUUUGCAAAACGCCGCAAUCAAUUCUUAUGUUUCUGGAAUGGGCCCAUAUUAUCUACCACUUUUUGCUUUGUCUAUAGUGUUAUUACUCUCAGCACCUUCAUUUGACGCCGUUAUUGAUGUUGGCGCUGGAAUGGGCCAUCUUGCUCGAAUGCUAUCUGUAUCCGCACCGAAAUGUAAGAUUAUCUCUAUCGAGCAGAAUGGCGAAGUCUUCGUAACUCAUCUAUCUCAGAUAUCACAAGAUGAUGAGGCUAAACGUUUAAUCGACUCCGUAGAUACCGAAUGGCGUCGGUUUCUAGUGGUGCACUGCUUGCGACUACUUUUUGCUCCUAUUAUUGAACAGAUUGUUAUCACGGACCGAGUACGAUAUCUAGAAGAGCAUGGGCACUCAGCGGCUGUGGUUCCCUUGUUUGAUCCGGAAAUGUCGCCCAGGAAUUUGGCUAUCAUAGCGCGGAAGAUAUAA